ACAUGUCAAGCUAAGGACGCAGGCCCCGAACGACAGAUCCGGAGGUAUCGAACGUGCGUGAAAGGCCAAGAUGAAACUCGCGACAUAGCAGGGAGGUAUAAUGCAUUUAGUCUCCAGCGGCAGUUACGGCCUACGCGAUCUGAGACGUAUAAAAGACCUUCGUGCUGGACCUGUAACAGCAGAACUCGAAGCUCAUCAACCCACACCUCAAUCUCUGCUGCACUUUGUAUUCAACAAUCUCAAACAAUGUCUCACGCAUUCGUCAGAAACUUGACCUUUCAGUCUAACGAUCUCGGCAAGGAGGCGACGCUGAUGCUCACUUUUGAUACCAUGGAAGGCCUCUAUGAAGAUUUCUUCCCCGUCGUUUGGAAGGUCAGCACAUUCGGAAAGACGGGUCCAUACAGGGCGCACGCGACCUACACGAGCCAGCUUGCUUUCUCCAUACCACAGGUCUUGGCUGGCAACAUCGUCGACGCUGAAACCUCUGUCAAGAUUAAUGACAGCGAGAAAACCGUCUUGACCCAAGCCAAUAAUGUCUACCAUUUCUCUCCCCCUCAGGCGGGAACCUCUGGUGUCCUGCAAGCCGUGAACAACACUGGAGCCCUCCAGAACAUUGCAGUCGGCUUCGUCGCCCCUGGAGAGUUGAUGCCUAAGCCGGCGCUCUUCUUCGAAGGAGUUGGAGACGAGAGUCACGUCACGGCCAAGUUCACUCCGGUCCUACGGGCCUACAUCACCUCGGACUAUCAAGAGACUGCGAUCAUACGAGGCGCCAUCGACACGCCUGCAGUCUGGACGCAGAACCUCGCCGGGCUUGCUGCUUCCACGACCUGGGAACUCAAGCGCGACCUUGCCAGUGGACAUUACACAAUCACCGCGGUUUAAUGAGGGUAUGCGAAAUUGCAUUUUCCUUUGGAGGCGCAGCAGCCCGACUCAGCUGUUUUUCUUGUAUAACGUCGCUCGUCUCUCGUGUAAUAGUCAAUAGUUCGCAACAGUUGUACCGUAUUUAUUGAUGCCUUAUUUGUUGACCUGAAAAAUCACAUUCCGUUUAACAAGGUC